UAGAAGAGAGAGAAAGAGAGUGAGAGAGAAAUGGCGGGAGAAGCAGAAGCACCAAGGAGAGCUUAUGGCGCUCCUCCGAGAGGCCCUCAUGUUCCUCCUCGUCCUCGCUUGGAGCCCGUUGAUCGCGAAAAGACUUGUCCUUUGCUGCUUCGUGUUUUUACGAAGGUUGGGGGUCAUCAUUUCAAUGAAGACUUCGCUGUGAGAGGCAAGGAGCCGAGGGACGAGGUUCAAAUUUAUACCUGGAAAGAUGCUACUCUUCGUGAGCUAACUGAUCUGGUCAAAGAGGUAGCUCCGGAAGCCAGGAGGAGAAAUGCCAAACUAUCUUUUGCUUUGGUGUAUCCCGACAGACAUGGCCGGUUUGUAGUGAGAGAGGUUGGGAAGACAUUCUCAUUUGGAAAUGGACGAUUAGACGAUAGCUUGGCCUUGGCUGAACUCGGUUUUCAGAUUGGAGAUUACUUGGAUGUGGCAAUUUUAUAGAGAAGAUUGGUGCCUUUACAAGUUUACAUGCUAAUGGCUAUGGUGACUCGUAAAGAUAUUGUGGGGCAUGACUCUUUUCCCCAGUGAAUAACAAACGAAUGGGGACAUAAACAUUAGCUUAAAUCUCGUAAUGUAAACUAAUUUCUUGGAAAUCCUUGGCAUACUUUUCCUUGUUCCCUUGAACUUAUUAUGUAGAAUCAUGAUAGUCAUUAGUGGGAUAAUUUGAGUUUUCUUUGAUAAC